AUGUCUAAAACUCUAAAAUCUAUAGGAGUAGAAUGCUUGACAUUUCCAAAGUCGAGAUAAGAUGAAGCUAUUCAUUAAUAAACAAUUUUAAGAUUGAAUUCUUUCAUUAAUUGUGAAAAUGAGAUCUUUAAUUGGAACAAUAUUAUUGCAAAGCCAGAACUAUUAGAGAUUAAGAUGAAAAAGCCUAUGUAAUAUCUUAAUCCAGAAACAAUAGAAGAUGAUCUUUUAUAAAACGAUGCUUAAUGGCCUGUAAAUUAAAAUUAAAUAUUGUCUAGUUUGCAGAUAACUCUUUGUUUUUAUUUAAAUCAGAUAACCCUUUCCGAAUGAGUUUAUAUAAAUCAUUUAAUGAGAAGUUAUUCCUUUAAGUUAUCCGAUUUAUCACAUUUUUGAAUAUCAUAGCAGUUUGCCUAUAUGAUUAUUAAUCAAGAAUUAACUAAGAAGAUGAAAAUAGAAAUAGAAUUUCAAUAACAUUAGAGAUAUUUUGUAACAUUAUUUUUGGUUUAGAAUGUUUUGGAUCAAUAAUAAUAAAGGGUUUUGUGUUAGGAAAGAAUGCUUAUUUAAAAUCUUGGUGGAAUGUUGUAAAUUUUCUUACAUUCAUUGCUACUUGGUCAAUAUUAGGGGACAUUAAAAGUGAGAAUCAAUUGAUUCAUAUUCUUAGGGUCAUAAGAUUAUUUAGAACUUUACGUUUAAUACAAGAUUCAAAAAUUUUAAAGAAACAAUUUGAUGCCUUUAUUGGAAGUUUUUCUAGAUUAGGUCCAAUAUUGAUACCUUUGUUAUUUGUAGUUUUAUACUAUAGCAUAAUCGGUUUACAUUUAUUUAUGGGAAUAACAGAAUAUAGAUGUAGAGAGACUCCAACACCAAUAAAUGAAGAAUGGAAAGCAGUAGAUGAUAUAAAAUUCUUAUGUGGUAUAUGGGAAUGUUCAGAUAACUCAUAUUGUGGUUCAUUAGCAGAUUAUAAUUUACCUAGGAAUAUGACAGAAAAUGUUAUUGAAUAAUUUGGUUUUGGGUUUAUUCGUUUUGAUGAUUUCUUUUAUUCUUUAUUUGUUGUAUUUACAUUCUUAAAUGUCACAGGGUGGUCAGGAACAACAUUUAUGUUUUGGAGAGCAAUGACUACUUAUAUUACUGCAUUUUAUUUUGUAUCUUUAAUUUUUAUUUUGUAUUUAUAUUAUGAUUAUUUUUAGGGCAUAUCUAUUAUCAAAUUUAUUAUUGGCUUCAUUUUAUGAAUCAUUUUUAGUAUUGAGUACAAUAAAGUAAAAUAAAAGCUUUGAUAAUGAAAAAGAAGUAAUAGAAAAUGAAAUAAUGAAAAAGAAAUAACAAUAAAUAAUGACUAGAUUAGCAUAAAUAAAUGAUUAAAAAUCAAAAAAAAGAAAUUCUAAAAAGAAAUAUUAAAUAUCUCUAUAUUACUAAGAUGAAGAAGAUUAACAGAAUUUCUUAUCAGAACAUUUUUAGAAAUUCUUAAACAUUUCAACUAUAAUAGCAAAAUCAAAUACAUUUAAAUAUUUAAAUUGUGCUGUAAUAGUUAUAUCUGCAAUUGUAAUAGUUUCUGAUCAUCAUGGAAUAAGUAAAUCAAGGUAAAUUUAUUCAUCUCUAUUUUUAAGUUAUGAAAAUUUAUUAAUCAUUGAUUUCAUAUGUAUUCUGUAUUUUAUAUUUGAAUUCAUCAUAUCAUUAUGGGGAAAUGGUUUAGCUGAAUAAUUUAAAGAAAUUAUUGAUAUAUUUGAUUCACUUGUAAUUAUAUCUUAGAUAAUUUUGAUUGUGGUCUUAUUUUUUUUUGAUGAAUCAAUAAUUAUUAAUGCAAAUAGAUAUAUUAAUUUAAUUAAAGCAUUUAAAAUGCUUCGUUUAGUAUGUUAUUAAUAUAUAUUAGAUAAAAUUACUAUAUAUUGCUAGAGUAUUCUACUCUAUUAGUGUAUUAGCAAGAUGUUUAAUCUAAACUCUAUUUAAAAUUAAAGAUAUGAUCUUAUUAUUUAUAAUAAUAAUAUUAGUUACUUCACUUUUUGGAUAAGAAUUUUUAGCAUAUAAAGUAAGAUUUGAACAAUUAGAGAAUGGAUCAUAUUAACCAGUAGAUUCAAUUAAUGGUAUAUCAGCACCUAUUAAUUAUGAAGGAUUAGGUAAUUCUUUUAUGGCUGCUACUAAUAUAUUUUAUAAUGAAGAAUGGCAUAUAACUAUGUUAUUAUAUGGUGAGAAAAUAUGGGUUUCACUCUUUUAUCAUAUUUUUAUUAUAUUAUUAGGAUAAAUUCUAUUUGUUAGAUUAUUAUUAGCAGUAUUUUUAAAUGAAUUUUGUACUUAACUUAAAAAAAUAGAAUAAGAAAUUAAACCUAUUAAUUUUACAUAAUAUUAUAAAAAUGCUGUUGGAUUUUUUGUUUCAGUAUUAAAAAAAAGAUAAAGAGCCAAAAUACAUAGUAUUACAUAAAAUAUCAAUACAGCUAAUCAAUAAUAAUAAAAAGCAUAAGUAUAAACAUAAUCAAAUGAUUCUAAGAAAAAUGGAAAACUUUCACUUUUCUAUGAAUUAAAAGCACAAAAAGACAAUAUUAAUGCUAAUAGUGACUUAAUUGAAUAUAAAGUCUAGACUCCCACCAAUAUUUUAUGUAUAUAUAUUUCAUAUAUAAAUUAUAGCUAAUAAGGAGAGUAUAAUUGAUUGUUUGAGAAAACCAGAAGAAAAAAAAGAUGCUUCAGAUGAUCAUGUUAAAGAUCAUAAUAUAGAAGAUGAAAUUAAUGAAAUGGAUGAUGAAUCUAAUGACCAUGAAAAUAUUAAAUCUCCAUGUCAAGUUAAUGAUCCUUCUUCAUCAAGAAAAAUGAAUUAAAAUAUUAGAAAAUCAAUGCGCAGAGAAAAUUCAGAGAAAACUCUUUUCAUUUUUGCUCCUGAAUCUGAUUUUAGAAUGUUAGUAACUUCUUUAGUUACUAAUAUCUAUUUUAGAAUAUUUAAUUUUGCCUUAAUUUUACUAACAUGUAUAAGGAUUGCUCUAUUAAGUCCUCUGGAAGAUCCUAAUUCAGAUAUUUCUUUUAUCUUGUAGGUUGGAUAUAUAUUUUUAACUGUAUUUUAUAUUUUGGUGAUUCUUUUAAAUUGCAUUGCUUUUGGAUUAUAUAAGAAUGAAUAAUCAUUCUUUAGAUAAUCAAUUUAUAAUAUAUUUGCAUUUGUGAUAACCAUAGUAGAUUUAAUAACAUUAAUUUUUGAUAUAAGUCAUCCAUUAAGUAAAUUUGUAACAUCUCUAAGAAUUUUAUAAUUUAUAUAGAUUGGAGCAGUCUUUUCUAAAAAUAUAGCAUAUGCUUAAGCAUCAUUAUUAAAUGCUUUUACAUAGAUGAUAUAAUUAACAAUAUUUUGUUUAAUAUUAUUAGCAAUAUAUGGAGUUUUGGCUCUAAAAUUAUUGAAAGGGACAUUUUAUUAUUGUGAUGCUUAUGAUAGUAUUUAUAAAGAUUUUAUUGUUAAAAAAGAGGAUUGUUUUGAUUAUGGGGGAUCAUGGGUAAAUUAAAUAUUAACAUUUGAUACAAUUUUUUAAAGUAUUUUGACUCUAUUUUGUACAGCCACAUCUGAAAAUUGGAUACCAUUAGUAUAAUAAGCUUGGAAUGCUGUAGAUGUAGAUCAUUAACCAAUAUAGAAUUAUAAUAGAAUAUAUGCUCUAUAUUUUUAGUUAUUCUUCUUUUUAGGUAAUCUAUGCUUGUUAAAUAUGUUUAUUGGUCUUAUUGUGAAUGCUUAUCAAGAAGCAAAGAUGAAGGCUUAGAAUUUUCAUUUACUUGAUGAAACUCAAAGAGAAUGGUUUUAAAUAAAGAUGCAAAUAUAUAAUAUGUAACCUUUAGUGAAAUCUAAAAAGCCAUCUAAUUUUAUUAGGAAAAUAUUAUUUUAAUUAGUGAAGUAAAAGUAUUUUAAAAUAUUUUGGUUAAUCAUCAUAUUUUGUAAUACAAUAAUAUUAUCAAUGUAUUUUUAACGAUCUGAUUAAAAUGUAGGUGAUGAUUACAAUAAAAUAUUGGAUUCUAUAAAUAGUGUUUUUGUUUUUAUUUUUGCAUUUGAAAUUAUUUGUAGAUUUUUGGCAAAAGAUAAGAGUUUAUAUUUUAAAGAUAAUUCUAACAUUAUGGAUAGUAUUGGAAUUUGGUGGGCAAUAGCAAAUUUGUUUAUUCGUAAUCAUGAAGAUUAUAAUUUUUAUUUCAAAAGAAUUUCUAAUGCAAUAUCAAUUGCUUUUUAAUUAUAAAGGAAUUUCAGAAUAAUAAAGUAUAAAUAAUUUAAUAGAUAGGCGUUUUAAUAAUUUAGAGAAGCUAUUUUCAUCUAUUUUCUCAGUAAUUCCCAAUUCAUUAUCUAUGCUCUUCAUUAUGUUUAUAUUUUUAUUUAUUUAUACAACACUUGGAAUGGAUAUGUUUGCAUUCAUAAGAAAUCAAUCAAAUCUAAAUGGAUGGGAUUAACAUUUUCGUAAAUUUUCAACUGCAAUGUUUUCCCUUAUUAAAGUUGCUAGUUCAGAAAGUUGGUGGUUCAUUAUGGUUGAUACUUUACAUGAAUAAUAGCCAAAUUUUGCAUGUAAUUAUAUGUCAACUUUUGAUGAUUUCUAAAAGUAUGGAUUUAAUGGAUGUGGCACACCUUAUGCCUAUUUGUAUUUUGUUUCUUUCCAUUUGAUAUUUUCAUUGAUGAUUUUAAAUUUACUUAUUGCAUCUGUACUUGGAGCAUAUGAAGAACAUGUUAAGAGUGAAGAAUCUGCAGUAAGUAAAUAUUAAUUGAAUGAUGUAUUAUCACUAUGGAGAAAUUAUGAUCCUGAAGGUAAAGGGUUAAUCAAUUACAAGGAUUUUUGGAAGUUAUCUUCUGAAAUAGCAAUAAUAUUUGGAGUAGCAUAAGAUGAUUUAUUAGAUGUAAACAAUAAGAAAAACUUUCUUAAAGUUUUGAAUAUACCUAUCUACGAAUCAAAGGAUUCUAAUAUGCUUUGUUAUCAAUUUCAUGAUGUCAUACUUUCUCUCACUAAAAUAUCUGUUACCCUUAAAUAUGGGGUUACCAAGUAAUAUGAAAUUAUAUAAUAAUAUUAGUUUGGAACCUACUGACAAAACUGUGUAAUAAAAGUUACGGAUUUAAUUAGGUGAUCUUUAAAGGAAAGAUUCUACUAGCAAAUUUAAACCAACUAGUUUUAAUAGUGGAGAUAUGGUGGCUAUAAUUUACAUUUAAAAGAAAUUUAGAUUGUGGAAAAAAAGAGUUUAACUUAAAAGAGAAGGAGGAGAUUAUAAAAUUAUAUAUAAUGAGAUGUCAGAUUUGAAAAAUUUAAUAAAAAAAUAAUUGGAAAUGGAAGAACAAUAAGAUAUGAAAUCCAAAAUACAAGAAUGA